UGGCUCAUCCAACCAUCGGGCGUUGCCGAACGCAUUUCAGCAUAGUGAGAAUGCGGGCCUGACUAGGCCUGACUGUCAAUCACUGGCUGCAAAACAAGUCUACCUUUGCGAGACUUGAUUUGAACACUGCAACUAUGGCGAACCCACCGCUUCCUCUCACCCGGUCGUCCGUUCAAACCGCUCACAAAGUGAUCAAGCCUCGCAUCCACCACACCCCCAUCUUUGCGUCUUCCUCGCUGUCUGCAUCUCUUCCGGGACAGAAUACGCUCUAUUUCAAAGCCGAGAACCUACAGAAAGGCGGUGCCUUCAAAUUUCGCGGCGCAAGCUAUAGCUUGAGCUGCCUCACAAAAGAAGAGCUCGACAAGGGCGUCUGCACGCAUAGUUCAGGCAAUCAUGCUGGUGCGCUGGCGCUGGCAGCCAAGGAACAGGGCGUGAAAUGCUACGUGGUCAUGCCAAACAACUCUUCCCAGCCCAAGAUUGAUGCCGUCCGGGCUUAUGGAGCCGAGAUCACGUUCUGCGAGCCCAAUGCCGCCGCCCGUGCAGCGACCCUCGCGGUGGUGCAGGCGAGAACGGGCGCGACGUUUGUACCUCCGUACGAUGCCGUCAACACGAUCCUUGGUCAAGGAACCGCCCUACUGGAACUCAUCGAGCAGGUCCCAGAGCCUUUGGCGGCAGUGAUCGCUCCCGUCGGUGGUGGUGGUCUGCUCGCGGGCACGGCGCUUGCUGCGGAAGGCACAGGCGUGCGAGUGUUCGGUGCUGAGCCUGCGGGUGCAGACGACUGCGCGCAGGGCCUCAAAGAAGGCAAGCGACAGGAAGACGUCAAGGCGAACACAAUCGCAGACGGGCUGCGGACGCCGGUGGGCGUGAUCAAUUUCCCCAUCAUCCAGGAGAAGGUCGAGCGGGUGGUUGUCGUCUCUGACGAGGAGAUUGCCGAUGCGAUGCGGCUGAUGUGGGAGCGGUUGAAACUCGUCGUCGAGCCGAGUGGCGCGGCUGCGUUCGCUGCGGUACGCAGUCCGGCGUUCCAGGAAUUAGGCAUUAAGGGGGCGGUUGGGAUCAUCAUCAGCGGAGGUAACAUUGACCUGUCCAGGCCGUUGCCGUGGUGUACAUAACAAGCAGCCGUUGAAUGCACCACAUGAGAUGCCUUGUCUUGACAUAGACGAAUUUCGGU